CCAAAUUGCAAUUCCGAUGUCUCUAGUUCCAAGAAGCGAAUGAAGAAUUAACAAGUGUAGUGAAGAAGACUCAAAAACAGAGUCUUUGGGGGUUUCGUUCUGAAGCAGAAUCAGCAUCUCUACUUUGCAGCUCAUCGAUUCUUUCGUCUUCAGGUAACCUGGGACUACACAAUCGUUAGCUGAAACACUGAUGGAACUUCCUCCUACUUCAUCUUUUGGAUUGUCAUCAGAGUCCUCAGAACAAAGUGGGAAGCUGAUGACAAACACAAAUGCGAAAGCACUAGCAACUUUUUCCCUGCAAAGCCCAAAUUCUUCACAGGGACCAGUGGCAAUUCUUUGGGACAUUGAGAACUGUCCUGUUCCAAGUGAUGUACGGCCUGAGGAUGUGGCUGGCAACAUCAGAAUGACUCUGCGGGUCCAUCCUGUGAUCAAAGGAGCAGUUACACUGUUUUCUGCCUAUGGAGAUUUUAAUGCUUUCCCGAGACGAUUAAGGGAGGGAUGCCAGAGAACUGGUGUUAAACUUGUAGAUGUCCCCAAUGGCAGAAAGGAUGCAGCUGACAAGGCCAUCUUGGUUGACAUGUUUCUUUUUGCUCUUGACAAUCCUCCACCCUCGUCCAUUAUGCUAAUUUCAGGAGAUGUUGAUUUUGCUCCUGCACUUCACAUUCUUGGUCAACGUGGAUACACUGUGAUCCUUGUCAUUCCUUCGGGGGUUGGUGUUUCGUCUGCUCUAUGUAAUGCAGGGAGGUUUGUAUGGGACUGGCCAAGUGUCGUUCGAGGUGAAGGCUUUGUGCCUCCUGCGAAGGCCUUAAUGCCUUGUCGUGGUGGUGUCUCAGACAUUACUGGGAUUCUAAUGGGGUGUUGCCAGAUUAAUGACAACCCAGAUGGUCAGCAUGAAGAUGAAGCAAUACUGUAUAGGGGCCUCUCACAGAGCUACUAUAAUGCAAGGGAAUUCUCAAUGAUAUCACAUUCUCUGGCUGAAUAUAAUACCACUGCAAUUUCCAUGCCAUGUUAUCCUACGGGUAUGAGAACUCAUAGUCUUCCUUCUGGUUUAAACGAAGUUUCAGCUGGAGGUCCAUCUUCACAUGACCAGAGUGACUUGACAUGGGUGCAGCCUGGGGAUAUAAAUGGUUUGAAGGGGCAGCUAGUGAAGUUGCUUGAAUUAUCUGGCGGCUGCUUGCCUCUUACACGUGUUCCUGCAGAAUACCAGAAAAUUUAUGGGAGGCCUCUUUAUGUUUCAGAAUAUGGUGCAGCUAAGCUCGUGAAUCUUCUCAAGAAGAUGAGUGAUGCAAUUUCUGUCGGGGGGAAAGGCCAAAAGAAGUUUGUCUACCUCCAUAAUUCAUGUGCUGUACCAAGUGCUCCCCCCAUAACUAUAUUAAAAAGAGAUAACAAAGGAAAAGGAACACAAGAGGGAAAUGCCGAUAUUGUGACUGGGGUUGGAUCUUCAGAUGAGUUCUCUGAUGAUGAAAGAGGACCCAUAAAAGAGCAUGGGGGAAGCUGUGAGAAAUCUAAUAUGGUUGAAAAAAGCCUUGAAAAUUUCAAGUAUGAACUUCAAGAGAUACUUGUUAGCUACUCUUGCCGGAUUUUUCUUGGUUGUUUUGACGCAAUAUAUCAACAAAGGUACAAGAGGCAAUUAGACUACGAGAGCUUUGGAGUGGUUGAACUUGAGCAGCUACUAGCAAAGGUGAAAGAUGUAGUGAUUGUGCAAGAGGAGCCCGUUAGUAAGAGAAAGUUUCUGGCUGCUGUUGGUGCCUAGAAGUGUUUAUCGUUUAUUUCUUGACUAUUUACUAGCUUAACUUCCUCGGGACUUAUGCUGAGCUUAGGCCUUGUUGCAUUGGAGGGAUGUUGAAGUUAGAGAAGGCCCUGUCUCCUUGCAAAAGCUCCCACAAUGGUGUCAAUUAUGGCAGUACAGUCUUGCAAUAGUCGAAUCAUUUUUGUCACUACUUUCAAUUUGUUUAUGGUUUGUGUACCAAUUUGAAGCGCUCCUGCAGAAGUCUGAUGGCAAAGAUAAUAAACUUGUGAUUGGAUAAUAAGGGAUAAAGGAUACAGGUCCCAAGUGAUUGGUAGCCUUAUUUUACUGUAAGUGCAAGUUGGGCAGCCAUAAAGGAUUGAAUCUGGUCGUGUGAACAUCUAAGUUGGUGGAGAUAUGCACAACAAGCAUGGCUAUGAAAAGACUUAGUUGGGUCUCAGCAGCAAUAGCAUAUGGUCGUAGGGUCCAUAUGAUCAUGUCAUAUACAGUAACUUGAACAAUCGGUCAAGGACUUGAGUCAUAUAAACAUGCGCUUUGAUGUUGCUCAUUGAGGUGUAAAGUUUGUCAUGAAACUUCAACUGUUUUCAUCCUUUGGAUUGUUCCAUUCUCUGCAGAAAAUGGUGGCAAUAGUUUAAUCACAUACUUUGGAUAUUUAAGCUAGAUGAGGGCUAGGAGCACUUGCUCCAUGUAACAGAUGCUUUUACCACAUGCAGAAGCAUCACAGAAGAGGGUUCUGAAUUCCCAAAAGUUCUGUUUUUUCAAGGGAUGUUGUCUAACAGCUUCUGUUGCUGUUUGUUAAUGUUAAGCUUGGAGCUAUUUGUUUGCUUCUGUGUGGAACAUUUGUUCUGUAAGGCAGAUUAUGCUGUAUAAUUGACUGGAAGGAUUGUUGUAUCUUCCUUACAGAUGUUCAUUUGUCAGCAAAUUGUCAUAUGGUCUGUAUUUCUUGAAUAUUAAUUAAACUGGU